AUGGGCCAUGGGGCGCACAGAGGAUGGCUUCUCCCCCUGCCGAUCCGCAGUUGCAGAGUGGGUUCCAGGGCCCUGGCAGGGGAGAAGGGGGGAAGCCCUGAGCCUGCCAAGCUGCCCCGAGUCAGCACCCAGGACACCGGAGGGGCUGGGAACCCCUGCUGUGGGCAUGGCUCGCUGGCUGCGGACGGUUGUUGCUUGCCAAGGGCUUGGAUUUGGAAUGUUGCAGAGGAAUACGCCCUGGGGUUGUUGCUGCCUGGCCCCCAGCACGCUUCGUCCUUGUCCUCGGAGCCAUGCUGUGGCUUUUGGUAUGCUGGAGAUGCCCCCCCACCUGCAGUGCCUCGUGCCCACUUGGGUCAGCAGCGGGGUAGCAGCUGGGGACCAACUGCGCUGCUACACUGCGUUAUCCUUCUGCUGGGAGAGAGGAAUGAACAUCUGCAUAGAUGCUCUCAGUGCAAGGUUGCUAAAUACUGUGGUAAAUCUUGUCAGAAAGAAGCUUGGCUGGACCACAAGCAGGAGUGCAGGUGUCUUAAGAGCGUCAAGCCUAAUUUUCCUCCAGACUCUGUCAGACUUGCUGGCAGGAUUGUUUUUAAACUACUUAGACAAUCAGUAUGCCUUUCUGAGAGACUCUACUCUUUUUCAGAUCUUCAGUCAAAUAUUGAACAGUUAAGUGAAGAAAUGAAAGGCGGCCUCAGGCACCUUACGCAGACGUUGCAACUGUAUCUGAAAACAGAGAUCCAGGAUGCGUCUCAAUUGCCACCUGCAAUUGAUUUUUUUCAGAUCUUCACAAAAGUAAGUGUUAAAAUGUGA